AUGGGGUGCAUGAUCCUCGAUAACCCUUGUCGAGGGGUCAUCCCAUCUCCAAAAACGAAGCACAUGGGGUUGGGCAUGAAGCUGGAGUGUUGCUAA